CAAACGCAAAAUAAUUAGUUUUACGUAUGCAAUAACCACCUUGCAUACCUAUUCGGCAAAACAAGUUGCCUACCGGUAAUUUUCUAAUUUGCUUUAUUUGCAACUGCGACGUUUAACGCAAGGCGAAGUUUGCGCUGAAGGAGCAUAAGUUGUCAUCUAAUCUGCCACAACUUAGGACAUCAUGGAACCCUGCAACCGCUCGCCGCCGGAAGAGGAUGCUGCGACAGUUGGACCAGCCCCUCCACCUUGCUAUGUAAUAACACAUUCCGUAUCAAAGCGACACAACAUUGGAACCAUUGUGCGGAGCGCCACAGCUUUUGGCGUUAAAGAGGUUUGCCUUGUUGGAUCGCGUCAGUUCAAUACAUUCGGUAGUCACGGCUCAGAUGCGCACGUGGCUUUUAAACACUUCAACACCCUGCAGCAAUGCGUCCAGCACUUGAAGGAGGUGGAGGGCUGCCGGGUGCUGGGCAUUGAGAUCUGCGAGGGGGCCCUGCCGGUGCAGCAGCACCCCUUCAGCGGCCCCACUGCUUUCCUGCUCGGAAACGAGGGGCAGGGGCUGUCGGAGAAGCAGAUGGCGCUGUGCGACGGUUUCGUGUACAUUCCGCAACACGGGGCGGGGACGGCGUCGCUGAAUGUGGCGGUGGCCGCGUCCAUCGUGCUGCACCACUUCGCCAUCUGGGCCGCCUACUCGGAACGGGAGCGCGAGGGAUACAAGUUCAAGGUAGCCGAGCGGCCGAUGCGGACCACAGCGAGGGGUGUCGUACGGGAGAGUGAUGACGUGGUACGGCAGCAGCGGCAGCAGCGGCGAGCGGAUGCGGCUGCGGAG